UCGUUCGGGUUCGGGUUCGCUCCCCAAUAACCAAAGAGUUUCCCGGUUGGUGCGGAUACGCGCUACGCGCAAAAGGAAACGGGCGAGACGACGGCGACCCGCUUCUGCUGCACGCGAACGCAACGCCUGUCGUCCGUCUCCGUCCUGCCGAGUCCACGGUGUCACCUUCGCCUUCUUUUAUGCGCGCAGGAGGAGGGGGAAAAGACCGGAGUCACGACCCAGUCUCCUUCGUCUGCUUCUUCUACCUCGCAUUUCAUCAGGUGCUUGCAGGCAGUAGUGGCAUGGGGGUCAGGGGGUGGCAGUGGCACGAUGCUGCUGUGGUGAUCUUCAGGCUGCUUCUUCUGCAUGGCGCCUUCCUCUUCCACUUGGCAAGUUGAUUUGUUUACAGCGUCUGAGUCGUUCAUCGGGGUCAACUACGGGACGAUCGCGGACAACCUCCCGCCAGCGGCGUCGACGGCAAGCCUGCUGGCCUCAACAUCCAUCGGCAAGCUCCGGCUCUACGAACCCCAGCCGGACCUGGUCUCGGCGCUCGCGGCCGCGGGCUCGGGUAUCUCCCUCCUCCUGGGCGUCCCCAACUCCGACGUCCCAACCCUCGCCGCCUCCCCCGCCGCGGCCGCGGCAUGGGCCGCCGCCAACAUCCCGGCCACGGUCCCCGUCUCCGCCAUCUCCGUCGGCAACGAGCUCCUCAGCUCCGGCGACCCCACCCUGGCCACGCAGCUCCUCCCCGCGAUGCAGAACCUCCUCGCCGCUCUCCCCUCCGGCGCCUCGGCCGCUCCCAAGAUCUCGACCGUCCAUUCCAUGGCGGUGCUCGCGUCGUCGGAUCCGCCGUCGUCGGGCGCGUUCCACGCGGACCUGGCGGCGACCCUGGACCCGGUGCUGGAGUUCCUCAACCAGAACGGGGCGCCCUUCAUGAUCAACCCGUACCCGUACUUCGCGUACGCCUCAGACACCCGGGCCGAGACGCUGGCCUUCUGCCUGUUCCAGCCGAACCCGGGCCGCGUCGACGCCGGCUCCGGGCUCACCUACUUGAACAUGUUCGACGCGCAGCUGGACGCCGUCCGGGCAGCGCUGGACGCCAAGGGGUACGGCGGAUUGGACAUCGUCAUCGCCGAGACCGGGUGGCCGUACAAGGGGGACGCUGGCGAGGCCGGUGCCACGCCGGAGAACGCCAGGGCGUACAACGGGAACCUCGUGGCGCACCUCAAGGCCGGGACGGGCACGCCGCGGACGCCCGGGAAGUCCGUGGACACGUACCUCUUCGCGCUCUACGACGAGGACCUCAAGCCCGGGGCGGCGUCGGAGCGGUCGUUCGGGCUGUACAAGGCUGACCUCACGCCCAACUAUGACAUCGGGCUCGCCAAGGGCAGCAACGGCACCAGCACGUCAGGGCAGAUCGGUGUUAUUACUCCAGCUCCGCCGCAGGUUACGACGCAGCCGGGGAUGGGGCUGACACCGACGGGGUUCUGUGUGACCACGGGCGCCUUGCCGGGGAGCACGCAGCAGGUGCAGCAGAGCAGCUCGUGUUACGCCCCGGUUGGGGCAGGAUCUCGGAGAGCUCAUGCCGGCGUGCGCCAGCUUGUGUGGUUUGGUGUUUUGCUCGGCAUGGCAAUUGUGGCCGCCAAGUAGAUGACUAUUCUCAUAGAUAUCGCCAUGGGCUAGAACGAACUCGAAACGCAACGGUUAUCUUUGUGCAUAAGAGUUCACCAUUGUUAGACAAGAAAAAAAAAGCAUAAGUUGCACAGAAUUGAAUGACGAACGGAAUAGCCGCUGCCUCUCUUCAUUAGAAGUACAAAAAUAUCUAGGUCGGCAGUUUUACAUUACCGACCAGUGAUGUGCUCUACUAAUUUAUCUACAACAGGAUGCGCUCCAUUUUGGA